GCUGUGAUCUCACCAUGUUCCUGGCAGCGCUGAUGCUUGUGCUGACUUUGAAUGGGGAAGUGCAUGCAGGUGAAAUCAUUGGAGGCAACGUGGUUAAACAAUAUAGCAGGCCAUACAUGGUGCUUCUGGAAUGGAGAAAUCAGAUGAAUGUCACAGAGUACUGCGGGGGAUUCCUGCUGAGUGAAGAUUUUGUAAUGACUGCAGCUCACUGCUGGGCCACGUCCUAUCGAGUUUUCCUAGGGUUACAUAGUUUCCGUGACAAUGAAAAAAUUGUUUUGACUGUGAAACAAGCCUUUCCACAUAAAGAAUACAGUAAUCAAACAUACCAAAAUGACAUCAUGCUGCUGAAGUUGUCUACCAAGGCAACGUUUUCCAAUAGAGUGAAACCUAUUCCUCUGGCAGACCAGGAAGGCGACUCUUUGCCAAAGUCAUGUAGCGUCGCCGGCUGGGGACCAACAAGCAUAAACGGACCACUGUCCAACAAACUCAUGGAAGUGAACGUCACUCUGACUGAUGAUGAGCAGUGUGUUAAACAAAACGUGUACUGCUCGAAGGGCAAGGGACCUUAUAUAGGAGACUCUGGCGGUCCGUUAGUCUGUGAAGACGGAAAGGCCUAUGGGGUGGUGUCUCAGGGCAUGAUACUAUCCUCUGAUUCCAUCUUAUGUACAUAUACUAAAAUACCUGACAGCAGAGAAUGGAUCACUUACAUUAUGGGAGAAAUUUGAAAGUGCUUGCUACAUGUUACUCUGACCAAAUCCUGCUUCUAAGUAACAAAAUUAGGUAAAUUUCUUUGUAUGCAUAUUUUUAAUGAAGCGGUAGUAUAUACUUCUAUAUGGUUUUAUGUGUGCAUUUUUGCUGAA